GAAACGCGUUUGGUGUAAUUUAGGUUCAGUCGUUCGUUCGUCCGUUGGAGCUAGGCAAAAUAAAUCGGGAAAUAAAUCUUGGAAAAACGUGCGAAUCCGUCAGCCUUUCAACUCGAAAACCAUGAGCGCCUUUCCCGGAACGUUCGCGUUCGACGAAUAUGGUCGGCCUUUCAUCAUCCUGCGCGAUCAGGAGCGCCAGAAGCGCAUCACAGGAACAGAUGCCAUAAAGACGCACAUUAUGGCUGCCCGCCAGAUCGCAUCCACUCUGAAGACCUCGCUGGGUCCCAAGGGUCUGGACAAGAUCAUGGUGAGCCCCGACGGCGAUGUGACAGUGACCAACGACGGCGCCACCAUCAUGAAGCUGAUGGAGGUUGACCACGAGAUCGCCAAGCUGAUGGUGCAGCUGUCGCAGUCGCAGGACGACGAGAUCGGCGACGGUACCACCGGCGUUGUGGUCCUGGCCGGAGCUCUGCUGGAGCAGGCCGAGGGUCUGAUCGACAGGGGCAUCCAUCCCAUUCGCAUCGCCGAUGGCUUCGAGCUGGCCGCCCAGUGCGCCAUCAAGCAGCUGGACGCGAUCGCCAAGCCCUUCCCGGUGGAUCCAAAGAACAAGGAACCCCUGAUCCAGAUUGCCAUGACCACCCUGGGCAGCAAGAUUGUGAACAAGUGCCACCGCCAGAUGGCCGAGAUGGCUGUGGAUGCCGUGCUGAAUGUGGCCGACAUCGAGAAGAAGGACGUCAACUUCGAGCUGAUCAAGAUCGAGACCAAGGUGGGCGGUCGCAUGGAGGACUCGAUGCUGGUGAAGGGCGUCAUCGUGGACAAGACGCUCAGCCACUCGCAGAUGCCCAAGGAGCUGAAGAACGUCAAGCUGGCCAUCCUCACCUGCCCGUUCGAGCCCCCGAAGCCGAAGACCAAGCAUAAGCUCGACGUGACCUCCGCGGAGGAUUACAGGGCUCUGCGCGAGUACGAGCAGGAGAAGUUCACGCAGAUGGUCAAGCAGGUGAAGGACGCCGGCGCCACCCUGGCCAUCUGCCAGUGGGGCUUCGACGACGAGGCCAACCACCUGUUGCUGCAGCAGGAGUUGCCCGCCGUGCGCUGGGUCGGCGGACCGGAGAUCGAGCUGAUUGCCAUCGCCACCGGGGGACGCAUCGUGCCGCGCUUCGAGGAGCUCACAGCCGAGAAACUGGGUUAUGCCGGUCUCGUCCGCGAGAUGUCCUUUGGCACGUCCAAGGACAAGAUGCUGGUCAUCGAGGAGUGCAAGAACUCCAAGGCCGUGACCAUCUUCUUGCGCGGCGGCAACGCCAUGAUCAUUGCCGAGGCCAAGCGCUCCAUCCAUGACGCCAUCUGCGUGGUGCGUUCGCUGGUCAAGGACUCGCGCAUUGUCUAUGGCGGCGGAGCCGCUGAGAUCAGUUGCUCACUGGCGGUGGCCAAGGAGGCCGACCAGCUGUCCACCCUGGAGCAGUACGCCUUCCGCGCCUUCUCCGUGGCCCUGGAGAGCAUUCCGCUGGCCCUGGCCGAGAACAGCGGCCUGCAUCCAAUCGAGACGCUGUCGGAGCUGAAGGCCAGCCAGGUGGCCGAGAAGAAGCCCAGCCUGGGCGUGGACUGCAUGCUGUCGGGUGAUUCGGACAUGAAGAACCACAAUGUGGUGGAGUCGCUGCACUCGAAGAAGCAGCAGAUCCUGCUCUCCACGCAGCUCGUCAAGAUGAUACUCAAGAUCGACGACGUGCGCUCCAAGAACGAAGGCGGCAUGUAUCCCGGAAAGCCGUACUUCAUGAUCUGGCCGAUCCGUGAGGGAGUCGCCGCCAGGCUGACAUUGGCAUCCUGGGCGGGAAUCAAGCUGGCCGCCGAAACGGUUCCAAAGGUGGAAGCGAAUCUCGGCCAGAGGCAGCAUUCAGUUGAAAGUGAAACGCGUGUGGAGAGGAUGCUGGAUGUGGUGGCUCUACUGUUGAUCGCCCUGGCAGUGGGCUUUUGGUUUGUGCGCACCCGAUUGAGCUAUUGGAGCAGGAGGGGCAUUGCCAAUGUCCCGGGUCGGUUUCCCGUGGGCAAUAUGGAGGGUUUCCGCAAAACGAAACACUUCAUCGAUAUUGUAACGCCGCUGUACGAGAAGUUCCGGAACAAUGGAUCACCAUUUGCCGGCUUUUCUAUGAUGCUACGACCCGUGGUGCUGAUCACGGAUUUGGAGCUGGCCAAGCAUAUACUCAUACGAGAUUUCGCCAACUUUGAGGAUCGUGGGAUGUACCACAAUGAGCGGGAUGAUCCGCUGACCGGUCAUCUCUUUCGGAUCGAUGGGCCCAAGUGGCGACCCCUGCGCCAGAAGAUGUCGCCCACCUUCAGUUCCGCCAAGAUGAAGUACAUGUUUCCCACGGUUUGCGAAGUGGGCGUGGAAUUGGCUCAGGUGUGCCGCGAACUGGCGGAUAAUGCCAUGUGCGGUAUCCUUGAGAUCAGUGAUUUGAUGGCCCGCUAUACCUCCGAUGUCAUCGGUCGCUGUGCCUUCGGCGUGGAUUGCAAUGGCCUCCGGAAUCCCGAGGCGGAGUUCGCCAUAAUGGGCAGAAGAGCCUUUUCCGAGCGUCGACACUGCAAACUGGUCGAUGGUUUCAUCGAGAGUUUUCCCGCUCUGGCUCGCCUGCUGCGCAUGCGUCAGAUCCAUCAGGACAUUACGGAUUUCUAUGUGGGCAUCGUCCGGGAGACGGUGAAGCAAAGGGAGGAGCAGGGCAUCGUGCGGAGCGACUUCAUGAACCUGCUGCUCGAAAUGAAGCAGAGGGGUGAGCUCACCAUCGAGGAAAUGGCCGCCCAGGCUUUUAUAUUCUUUGUUGCCGGCUUUGACACAUCCGCUUCCACCUUGGGAUUCGCCCUGUACGAGUUGGCCAAACAGCCGGACAUUCAGGAGAAGCUGCGCCAGGAAAUCGACGACGCACUGAAAUUGCAUCAGGGGGAAUUCACCUACGAAUCCAUGCAGGAGCUGCGCUACAUGGAACUGGUCAUUGCAGAGACGCUUCGGAAAUAUCCCAUUCUACCCCAGCUCACUCGGAUAUCCAGGCAUUUAUAUGCCGCCAAGGGUGACCGUCGCUUCUACAUUGAGCCCGGCCAGAUGGUGCUGAUUCCGGUCUACGGGAUCCAUUACGAUCCGGCCUUGUAUCCAGAGCCCCACAAGUUUAUACCGGAGCGGUUCCUGGCCGACCAACUGGCCCAACGCCCCACCGCAUCGUGGCUGCCCUUCGGCGACGGACCCCGCAAUUGCAUUGGGAUGAGGUUCGGCAAGAUGCAGACGACCAUUGGGCUGGUCAAUCUGCUCAGGAGCUUUCACUUCAGCGUCUGUCCGCGAACUGACCCCAAAAUCGAGUUCGUCAAGUCCAAUAUUCUGCUGUGCCCCGCCAAUGGGAUCUACUUGAAAGUCCAAGAACUAAGCCAACUGAGGAGAUUUAGAGCGGAACGUGAACCAGAAAUGUCGCUGUUACUUUCGCUAAUCGCGCUUUUAGUGUCGUUGCUUUUAUUUUUCGCACGACGACGUCAUGGAUAUUGGCAGAGGAGGGGCAUUCCCCACGAUGUGCCACACGCACUCUUCGGAAACAUCAAGGACUGGCCCAAUAAACGACACAUUGCCCAUAUCUUUCGGGACUACUACUUCAAAUACAAGGGCUCUGAUUAUCCAUUCGCCGGCUUCUACUUCUUUUUCACACAAACUGCUGUGGUGACCGAUUUGGAACUGGUCAAGAGGGUCAUGAUCAAGGACUUUAAACACUUCGAGAAUCGGGGUAUUUUCUACAACGAGAUCGAUGAUCCGCUUUCAGCCACUUUGUUCAGCAUUGAAGGUCAGAAGUGGCGGCAUUUGAGACACAAGCUGACACCCACUUUUACGUCCGGCAAAAUGAAACACAUGUUCCCUAUAGUGGUGAAAGUUGGAGAGGAAAUGGAUAGGGUAUUCAGUGAUAAAACUACUUUGGGUGAAAGCCCAGUUCUAGAGGUUGUGGAUCUGGUGGCACGUUAUACCGCCGAUGUAAUAGGUAACUGCGCCUUUGGUCUGAACUGCAAUAGUUUGCACGAUCCCAAGGCGGAAUUUGUGACAAUUGGCAAACGGGCGAUCACCGAACAUCGUUAUGGAAAUAUGCUAGAUAUAUUUCUAUUCGGCUUUCCCAAGCUAUCGCGACGUUUGCGCCUAAAACUAAACAUCCAGGAGGCGGAGGACUUCUACACGGCAAUCGUUAGGAAAACCAUUGACCACAGAUUGAAGACCAACGAGAAGCGGAAUGACUUUAUGGACAGCCUGAUUGAAAUGUAUAAGAAUGAGCAGGCUGGCAACUCCGAAGAUGGGCUUACGUUCAACGAGCUCCUCGCCCAGGCUUUUAUCUUCUUUGUGGCUGGGUUCGAGACGAGCUCUACGACCAUGGGAUUUGCUCUCUACGAGUUGGCCCGCAAUCAGGGUGUUCAGGAUAGACUCAGAGAGGAGAUUAACAAUGUUCUAGAAAAGCACAACAACGAGUUCACCUACGAGGGAAUCAAGGAAAUGAAGUAUCUGGAGCAGGUCGUCAUGGAAACCCUUCGAAAGUAUCCCGUGCUGGCACAUCUUACGAGAAUGACCGAGACCGACUUUUCGCCGGAAGACCCAAAGUAUUUCAUUGCCAAGGGUACAAUCGUUGUGGUCCCAGCUCUGGGCAUUCACUAUGAUCCGGAUAUUUAUCCCGAACCGGAAAAAUUCAAGCCAGAACGCUUCACCGACGAGGCAAUCGCUGAGAGACCGUCGUGCACCUGGCUUCCAUUUGGCGAAGGUCCCCGGAACUGCAUUGGUUUGAGAUUUGGACUAAUGCAGACCUGUGUGGGAUUGGCCUAUCUGAUCAGGGGCUAUAAGUUUAGUGUGGCCCCGGAGACACAAAUACCCAUGAAGAUAGUCGUGAAGAACAUUUUAAUAUCAGCUGAGAAUGGUAUCCACCUCAAAGUCGAGAAGCUUUCUAAGUUAGAUUUUUAAAAUGAGGUUCCAUUGUACUAUAAACUAAAGCUAAAGUUAACUUAUUCGCUGCAAUGCAUAUUUCUGUAAAAACUUGUUAAACGCUCUGCAAGACUUUAAAAGUACGACAAGAUAAGUUCGAUGAAGGAUAAUAUUCAGUGUACAAUAAUAAUCUUUUCCUAAUAAAUGUCGUAGUAAAA